AUGAAGACCUUUGCUUCUGUAGUAUUGUUGGGACUUUUAAUCUUGGAGGCUGUUUUUGCUGCCCCUAUGAAGAAUGAGGAGAAAGCAAAGAAAUUGAAACAGAUACAAUUAUUACCUGAUGAUCAUUUUGAAGAACUUGAUUAUGUGAAUCAGGAUCCAGGGAAUUUCUAUAACAAUGAGGACGAGCUGAUUAUUAACGACCCACUGGUCGAGAUUGGUAGUCUGACACCUUCUGGGAACAGAGAGCUUGUUACCUAUGAUAGUGACUACGAGGAAGAAGAGUUUGUGCCCCUUGAACCUUUGGAUCCUGGUGCUCCCAGUGUGCCAGGUCUCCUUGGCCCUGAAUCGAAGGAAGGGCUUUCAACCUGCCUUUUGUGUACCUGCCUGAGUGGGUCUGUCUACUGUGAUGAUACAGAUAUCAAAAGCAUACCUCCUCUUCCUAAGGAGACCACUCAUUUCUACGCACGGUUUAACAAACUCACCGACAUAAAGAAAGGAGAUUUUGAUGGGCUAAAUCACCUAAAGAGGAUUGAUGUGACAGGUAAUAGAAUUUCUUCAAUUGACGAAGAUGCUUUAAGGCAGCUGCCUGAACUCGUGGAUCUGAUGGUUGCUUCAAAUGAACUUGAGCAGCUCCCCGAGCUUCCCAAAACUAUGAUCAGCAUUGAUGCAAGUUACAACAAACUGCACAGCAACGGGAUAAAGAAAGAGGCAUUCAAAGAUAUGGGCAACCUUGAGUACCUAUACCUGGCUGGCAAUUUGCUGAAUUACGUCCCACUUCCUCUGCCUGAGAGUCUUCGUUCCAUUAACUUACAGAACAAUAAUGUUCAGCAGAUUGAUGAUGACACUUUCUGUAAUUCAAAGGACAUCCACUACGUUCGCAAGGCCUUGGAGCUCAUUCGACUGGAUGGAAAUCCUAUUAAUCUAAGCAAAACACCUCAUGCUUAUGUCUGUCUCCCCCAUGUGCCCUAUGGCAAUUAUUAA